AUCGGGAACAUUUCAAAAAAAAUUUCAUGACCAAUUUUCUCGGCCUCUUCCACAGUCAUUGACGCAGGCGUCGAGACGAGGAACUGUUCAGCGUCGAGAUUUUUCACCAAAAUAUAUUUUUCCAUCUUCUUCGGUCGAGCCCGCGACGAGCGGCGUCAUGGAUGAACUGUUUGACGUUUUCGAGGAUCAGCCUCAGGCUGCAAAGCUUGAAAAUGGCCAGGAUGAUAAACAGAUCAAAGACAAGAAAAACAAGAAGAGACAGGCAAAUGGGGAUGUUAAAGAAGUCAAUGGAACGGAUUUGCCAAACGGCGAUUCACCGGAGUCGACUGUUAAACAACCGGAAACGAACGAUCGUGUGGAUGGUGUCAAAGAGCAACCUGAUCUGAAGCGACAGCGACGAGAUACGGAGCCCGAGCCGGUUGUGACCGAUUCCUUCGAGACAGAGCAGUCUCGCGAAAUUGCCGCUUCAGCCGGCUUGCUAGCUGUCAAGGAUGGAGAUAAUGUUGUACUGUCGCAUCAGGUUCGACACCAGGUCGCUCUGCCUCCAGACUAUGACUACAAGCCUCUAUCCGAGCACAAGCCUCCGGCGGAACCGGCUAGGGUCUGGCCAUUCACGCUGGAUCCCUUUCAGGCCGUUUCAGUUGCAUCGAUUGAACGGGGUGAGAGUGUGCUGGUCUCGGCCCAUACCAGUGCCGGAAAAACUGUUGUCGCCGAAUAUGCCAUUGCACAGAGUUUGAAGAACAACCAAAGAGUCAUCUAUACCAGUCCGAUCAAAGCGUUGAGCAAUCAAAAGUACAGAGAAUUUGCCGCCGAGUUUGGCGACGUGGGACUGAUGACGGGUGAUGUGACCAUCAAUCCAACUGCGACCUGUCUUGUCAUGACAACGGAAAUUCUUCGAUCGAUGCUUUACAGGGGUUCAGAGAUUAUGCGAGAAGUUGCGUGGGUAGUCUUUGACGAAAUUCAUUAUAUGCGAGAUAAGUCUCGAGGUGUCGUCUGGGAGGAAACAAUUAUCCUCUUGCCGGACAAGGUUCGCUACGUUUUCCUUUCCGCUACGAUUCCGAACGCUAUGCAAUUCGCCGAAUGGAUCACCAAGAUGCACAAUCAACCAUGUCACGUCGUUUACACGGAUUUCCGACCUACCCCUCUUCAACACUACUUCUUCCCGGCUGGAGCAGACGGUAUCCACCUGAUUGUCGAUGAGAAGGGUGGUUUCCGCGAGGAUAAUUUCCAAAAAGCGAUGACUACAAUUCAAGAUAGACAAGGCGAUGAUCCAGCUGAUGCGAUGGCUAAACGCAAGGGCAAAGGCAAGGACAAGAAGACGAACAAAGGUGGAACGAAAGGUCCUUCUGAUAUCUACAAGAUUGUCAAGAUGAUCAUGUUGAAGAACUAUAAUCCCGUCAUCGUCUUCAGCUUCAGCAAGCGCGAAUGCGAGUCGUUUGCAUUGCAAAUGAGCUCGUUGGCCUUCAACGACGACUCGGAAAAGGCCAUGGUUGCAAAGGUGUUCAACAGUGCGAUUGAGAUGCUUUCAGACGAGGACAAACAACUGCCUCAAAUUCAGCAUAUCCUUCCCCUUCUACGGCGCGGCAUUGGCAUCCACCACUCCGGUCUUCUUCCCAUUUUGAAGGAGACGAUUGAGAUUCUUUUCCAGGAGGGUCUGAUCAAAGUUUUGUUCGCAACCGAAACAUUCUCCAUCGGUCUUAAUAUGCCGGCGAAGACUGUCGUCUUUACCAGCGUGCGCAAGUUUGAUGGUGUAUCUCAACGCUGGGUGACGCCUUCAGAGUUCGUGCAGAUGUCUGGUCGAGCCGGACGUCGUGGACUGGACGAUCGUGGUAUUGUGAUUAUGAUGAUUGAUGAGAAGAUGGAGCCCGGUGUGGCCAAAGAGAUUGUUCGAGGAGAGCAGGAUAAGCUCAACUCCGCAUUCUAUCUGGGGUACAACAUGAUUCUCAAUCUCAUGAGAGUCGAAGGGAUCUCCCCGGAGUUUAUGCUCGAGCGAUGCUUCUACCAAUUUCAGAACACUGCAAGUGUUUCUGGACUGGAGAAACAGUUGCAUGAACUCGAGAAUGAGCGCGCCGGCAUGGAAAUCACCGAUGAAGGCACCAUCCGCGAGUAUUACGACCUACGACAGCAGCUCAAGACUUACACGCAAGAGAUGCGCGAUGUCAUUACCCAUCCCAACUAUUGCCUUCAGUUCAUGCAACCGGGUCGGCUCGUCAAAGUUAAGCACGGCGAUCACGAUUUCAAUUGGGGAGUGGUUGUCAACUUCACCCAACGGCAUCCUGGCAAAAAUGAAAAACCAGAAGACUUCACCCCUCAACAAUCUUAUGUUGUCGAUGUUUUGGUGCAGGUGUCAGCCAAUAGCACAGUCGGCACGCGAACGCACCACGAUCUCCCUCCCGGUGUCAGACCACCAGCUGAAGGAGAAAAGGGAAAGAUGGAAGUUGUUCCGGUUCUUCUCUCAUGCAUUGAAUCGAUUGGUCACAUUCGAGUAUUCUUGCCCAAGGAUCUCAAGUCGGCUGAUCAGAGAAACACUGUGCGCAAGGCUCUCGAGGAGGUUAAACGACGCUUCCCCGAUGGCAUUGCUGUCCUGGAUCCUAUCGAAAACAUGAAGAUCACAGACGACUCGUUCAAGAAGCUACUCAGAAAAAUUGAAGUGCUCGAGUCUCGUCUCCUGGCGAACCCGCUUCACAAUUCUCCAAGGUUGCCUGAGCUUUACAACCAGUAUUCGAAAAAGAUGGAACUCGGCAACGACGUCAAGAGCCUUAAGAAGCAGAUUAAUGCUGCCUUGGCUAUUAUGCAACUAGACGAACUCAAAUGCCGCAAGCGAGUUCUCCGACGUCUUGGCUUCAUCAAUGAGGCAGAUGUCGUUCAGCUCAAGGCACGCGUUGCUUGCGAAAUCAGCACAGGCGAUGAAUUAAUGCUCAGCGAGCUCUUAUUCAACCGCUUUUUCAAUGAACUCACGCCUGAGCAAUGUGCUGCAGUCCUUAGUUGCUUCAUCUUUGAGGAGAAGAGCAACGAAACACCUACUCUCCGCGAGGAGCUCGCGAAACCAUAUCGAGAGAUCCAAGCGCAGGCUCGCAUUAUCGCCAAGGUCUCUCAGGAGAGCAAGCUUCCCGUCAAUGAGGAUGAAUACCUGCAGACAUUCAAGUUUCAACUUAUGGAGGUUGUGUUCGCAUGGGCGCAUGGCGCUCCAUUUGCUCAGAUCUGUAAAAUGACCGAUGUAUAUGAGGGUAGCUUAAUUCGACUUUUCCGCCGACUGGAAGAGCUGCUGCGCCAAAUUGCACAGGCUGCGAAAGUCAUGGGCAGCGACGAUUUGGAAAAGAAGUUUGAGGAAGCGCUGACCAAGGUCAGGAGAGACAUUGUUGCUGCCCAGUCCUUGUACUUGUAAGGACGCUUGAACGUUUUAUUCUGGGGAAACUCUUCUUUUCUUCUUUAAUUUUGAAAACAGGAUGGAGUUUGGCGCGGGCACUUCAAGUAAGCUUGGCAUUUUGUUUGUCUAUUGUUGAUGCAUAAUUAGGCUGUCAAUUGUUGGGGCAAUCUUCCUUCUCCUGGGCAUUUUAUACUGCGGACGAUCGGCAUGAUCUUGGAAUGGCCGAAGAAAUCACUGUAAAUAACAUUGUGCGGUGAUGUAUGCAUAAUAGACUGUAUGCGUGCGCAAGAUUGUUCGGAAAUU